AGGCGACUCCCGCACCCUUCCUCAUAGCUGCUGCCCACAUGCAGCCCCGGACACAGCCCCUAGCCCAGGCCCUACCCUUCUCCUUCGGAGGGGCCCUGCGAGACAUUGGGCUCCGGGCGCCUGUCAUGAAGAUGGGCACUGGGUGGGAGGGCCUGCAGCGGACCCUGAAGGAAGUCGCCUACAUUCUCCUUUGCUGCUGGUGUAUCAAGGAGUUGCUGGAUUAAAGGCAGCAGGGAACUGCCUCCUCCCCACCAGCCCCAUGGCUGGCAACACUCAGAGCCCAGCCCAACCCCAUCAAGACUCCUGGAGCCAGCUAUGCUUGACCAAGGAUAGGUCACAAAUAAUGAGUAAAGUGUAGGUCCUGAUUUGA